AUGUCAGUGGCGAACAAUGGGGUUCGGCAAACAAUCCCCACGGCUGCGGCCGCUCUGAAUCCCGGGGCUGAGUCGGAACCCGGGGGCGGAGUCAUUCCCCUCCCCUCGGCUGCCGCUCCCCCGUGCGGGUGGCAGAAGCGCGGCACUGACGCUCCCUGUCUGUCUGUCUGUCCGUCCCCUGCAGCCUGCCUGCUCCAGGCCGAGCUGGUGAAUUACGAGCGAGUCAAGGAGUACUGCCUCAAAGUGCUCCAGAAAGAGGGCGAGAACUUCAAAGCGCUCUAUCGGUCGGGAGUGGCCUUCUACCACCUGGGUGACUUCAACAAGGCCCUCUACUACCUGAAGGAGGCGAGAUCCCGCCAGCCGACAGAUACCAAUGUCAUACGAUAUAUCCAGCUGACAGAGAUGAAGCUCAGCAGAUGUUCCCAGAGAGAGAAAGAAGCCUUGUGAAAAUGAAGCCGCUUCAGCUGAAGUGCCCAAGGGGGAACAUUUCCUUCCUAGAAGCUCAUUUGGUGGAUUUUCCCGUUUGCUCUGCCUCAUCCUCAUCUCCUCAUCCAUCCACUCUCCCUUGCUCUUCAUUGAAUCCCAGUCUUGAAGAAAAAAGAGACUGAGAAGCUGGAUAUGGCUGCUUGCCAACCAUGGUAAAAACCCCUUCCCCAUGGCAGGAGAGCACAAUGGCUACAGCCAGCCUUGUUCCAAGACAGUGUCACACCUGGAGUAGGCAAUGCCAGGGGGCCUUUCUGGUCCCGAGAGGACUGCCUAUGACCUAUUAGGGAAGCAACCCCCAGAACAACAAAUUCCUGACCAGGCGAGAUGAAGACAAACAGUUUCUGCUGUGAGUGAUCCCUGGAGCUUGGAAGAGCUAAGAGACCCAGAGAGCCACUGGUCAUUCCACAGGGGAUAGCAAAUGCCUUUUUACCAUCAGUUCCCCUGCCUGCUUCCCCAGUGUGUGCUCCCAGUCUCCAGUGAGAGCUGACAUGCUCCCAGUGUAACGCCAGUGAUGACUGUUCUGAACAUCCUCUUAAGGAAAGCACAGAGCACCCUACGACCCCCCGCAGAGCUGUCCCGGCGCCGCAGGAGAAGGCUGUGGGCUGCCACAGAAGGCUGGAGGGACUGUGGAAGUGUGGUGUACAGUGUGAGGGAAAAACUGUGAAAUAAUUCAUUAAAGGCAAAUAAAAAUUAUUAAUAGGCAACACGUCCAGGCAUUGCUUUUCAAAGGGACCUCUUGGGUUCCCCGUGUGCAGACAGACAAUACAGUCUAGUGGAGGGCAGCAUGGGGUGGGGAACAAGGGCCAUCUCCAUUCUGACCUUGGCUCUGCCAACACCUUGCUGUGUGAUCUUGGGCAAGUCCCUGAGCCUCGCUGUGCCUCGGUUUCCCCAUCUGUACACUGGGGACAAUACUACUUCCCUACCUCGCAGGGGUGUUGUGAGGAUGUGUUAGUUCAUGUUUGUAAGCAACAGUGAUGUACAGUGCUAAGUAUUAUUAGUACAUUGGAUUGAGGUCUUGAUUCUCCCAC